GGUCCUCGAGAAGCUUUGCGAGAUCGUCGUCCCGAUGGGCGCCAAGAAUGCAAAGAUGCUUGCCGUCUCUGGCGCCUUCCACACGCCCUACAUGCAGCCCGCCGCCGACGCGCUGGGCAAGGCGCUCGACGAGGCGCCGAUCCAGAUGCCGUCCAUCAAGGUUUACUCCAACGUGACUGGCAAGCCCUACGCCUCGGUCGACGAGAUCCGCGGCCUGCUCAAGCGGCAGCUCUGCGAGCCAGUCAAGUGGGAGCAGGGCACAAAGGACCUCGUCACGCUCGGCUGCACCUCGUACGUUGAGCCGGGCCCGGGCAAGCAGCUCAAGGCCAUGAUGCGCCGCAUCGACAACGACGCCUGGAGCAAGACCACCACGCUCGAGGCGUGAGAGAGGUCGCUUGUGCACGCACACCCUCCUCGGCGGCGCGAUCUGUGCAUCUGCACUUUUGCUUCAGAGGCCUUUUGCUUCUGGCGGGGCGCGGUAUCACACGUGUUAGUUUACAGUUAUGUGCAGUCUGAAACU